AUGGCACAAUUGCUCAAUAAACUAGCCCAUGCUGGUCCAGACGCCAAAUGCUACAUUACUUGCGGUAAUCUUCCAGCGACCUUGGGUCCGGAAACAUUGAACCAGCGGCCGUAUACUACAAUCCGUGGUCAUAUCUAUAAUCAACAGGUCGACCUUCUUCUCCCAGAUGAAAUCUGCGAGCUGGUUCAAAAUAGGCUGAGCGAGCAGCUCAAGCCUCUACAAUAUCAUAGAAUUUUCAUGGGAUUGAAAGAUAUCCUCGAGAAAGAGUUUUAUAAUAAUUAUAUUCGACAGGGGAAUAUAUUAUUGCUCAGUGAUGGUAGAAUCGACGUUGAUGAUGUCUACUGCCUAUACGAUGGUACACUAUAUCUUUUCCUCAAAAAAGACACAUACGAAAAGGCAGGAUUAGUUGGCAAGCAAGCCGCAUUCGGCGGGAGAAAGAAGGAACGAUGGGUAAUCGAACUCAACCUGAGGGAGCCACAUAUGAUCCAUGGGAGAAAGGCCUUUGAUAGACUAGUCUGGAGUUUCACAAAUGUCUUCAAACAACAGAAUGCAUGGCUAUUCUGUGACCUACAGCAAGAAGCAAUAAACCCAUCCGCUGCACCAUCAGAACCAACAGUCAAGGGCCUCACACUACCCACAGUCAUCAGAACAAUCACACCCACAAUAACCAACUCCUCGACCCCCAUAAAACUCGCCUCAUUCGCGCACACAAUUCCCACAAAGGAUUCCACAGAAUACACCCGCACAGUCUUCUACGACUGGGCCACUUCUCUCCAUGAAUGGCUAGCCUUAGUAAGUAUAAACGCCGACCGUCUAAACAUCACAGACUCAAUAGAUCCAUUAUUAAGUCGAUACGAACCUCUAACGGACGAUGAUAACAUCAUAACUUCCACCACAUCUACAUCAGAAUACAAACUUCAAGGGAAAAUAUCAAAAAUUUCGUGGAGGGGGUUCAUCCCCGCGGAAUAUAUUUCAAAAAUAUUUAGUAUUGUACAAGAAGUUGUGGCAAGGGAUCAGUGGUAUUCGAUAACAGUACAUGGCUUCCAAAAUGCGCCAAUCAGUUGGAAGGGUAGGCAGCAUAGUGCCGUCGGCGGCGGGAUGGGGGGUGAAAAUCUGUAUACUAUCUUUCGACUCCCGGAAGGGAACAAUACUAGUUCUGUCGGGGGGAGAAACAGCGGUGGUGAUGACGGCGACGACGUUAUGGGAGGGAUGGGUAUCACGGAAGGUGUAAAUGAAAAGAUCGUUGGGUCGAAAUAUAUUAUGUGGGAGGUAGUCGGUGGGAGGGACGAGUUUUCUUGA